AUGAAGUUCUCAGCUAUCACCACCCUCGCAACCUUCUUGGCCAUCGUCAACGCAUCUCUUUGCACUUAUGACGACCAUCCAGUAAACGGCCUCCGCUAUUACAUCGGCGCCGAUGGCGUGCCCGACGUUCUCGGUAUAUGCAACGGAUUUUGGUACAAUGUCAAACCUCAAUGCGAGGGGGAUUGGCAGUGUGGCCGAGCAGCCAACGGGGACCUGCAUGCGGAGUUUCAGACAUACAGAAAGUGCUUACCGCGGUUUAUCAAUGACGGUUGGUGGCAUGCUACUAAGAGACAGUGGGGAUCUAUUGAAUGUAAGUUUCGACAGUAA